UCAGCAAUCAGCAAACCUUCAUCACAUCCUUUCCUCACUACUCGCAUCGCCGCACACACAUUCCACAAAAUGUCCCCGACAUCUGCUCCUCACGACCCUCAAAGCAUGGACGCAACCAAGGCAAAGAACUUGGACACGACGACCAACACGAACAAGCAGAUUGAGGACCUCUACAAACUCAUCGAUGGAAUCAAGAUCGCAACUUUCACCACUCGCGCCCGAGAUGGAUCCCUGGUGUCUCGACCGAUGGCUACCCGCGAGCGAAUCGAAGGCGGACCUGAUAUUGUGUUCGUCACCAACAACCAAUCUCACAAGUUGGACGACUUGAGCUACGAUAACCACGUGAAUGUGGCGUACUCCAAGGGCCAGAACUGGGUUAGCGUAUCAGGAACUGCAUCCUUGGUGAACGACAGGACGAAGAUCAAGGAAUUGUACAAGCCUGAUCUGAAGGCAUGGUUUGGCGACCUCGGUGACGGCGUGCACACAGGGGGCCCGGAGGACCCUCGCAUCACUUUGCUCUACAUUACCGCCGAUUCUGUGCACUACCAACUGCAAGACAAAUCCACGCCCACCGUUCUUUUUGAGGUGGUGAAGGGUGCGGUGACUGGAGCUCUCCCAGAGACCGGACCCAUCCGGGAGUUGGGAACGUCGGAGUUGAACCACGCCCGGAACAUCGCCACUCAGUAGCAACCCCGCUUUGUCGGAUACGCAUAGUUUCUCCAUAUCGUUUCUUUUUUGUAAAUCCUUCUUGGCAAUGAAUAUACAGUAUCUCACUUUGACCGCCGACGCGAUUAUUUCGUCAUCACCGGUGUACAGUACAAGACUGACUAAACCCAUGCCCCUCGGCACUGUAUGGGGUUAACUACGCUAUCCUAUAGUUG